AUGGAAGACGCUGGAGUACCGGGAGCCUACGCUGUUGGGGGCGCUGACAGCAAUAGAUACGACGAUGAGAAUGAGGAAGGAACGUAUGAAGACUCAGGGCUGGGCAACUUGGACAAUCUAACGGAGGCCAUCGUCGACGUACCAGUGGCUGCAGCAUUGGUCUCAGACGAAGUGGUCGUCGCGACACCGGUAACAUCAGAAUUGAUGGAUGUGCACAGAGCAGAACGCAUAUUGCUGCAAAUGCACCUCUGUAUCACCGACCGAGAAACUCGCCCAUUGGACGAAGCAGCUGUGACAAAGUUAUUGAAGGAGUUCCCCAAUCUGUUUCGCGAGAAACACCCGCUGGAAUCUGAUGAUUCCAAGACGAUCCUCCUCUACCCUCUAUGCCUGAUUUUGAGGCUACAACCGUCAAUCAAACUUGUAAAAGCAAUUUAUGAUGUGCAUCCAAUAGCCCUCCGUGACAUUGAUGAAUGCGGUUGCUUGCCAAUCCACUUUGCAGCUCGCUGGGGAGCGGACAUUCGCAUUGUCACCUUCUUGUUGGAUGCAUACCCAGAGAGUGUCUUCACACCUGAUUCCGAAGGGCAACUGGCCCUUCACCAUUCAUGCCUGUGGUCAAAGUCAUGGAAAGUAACUGAAUUCUUGAUAUCACGCUACCCAGAAACUAUUGAGCAUGCUCGAAAGGACAAUGCGCUCCCCUUGCAUUUGACAAUACAAACAGACGGUCCUGAGUCUACCAUUUUGAAGCUCCUUGAAAGAUAUCCCAAGGCAGCCUCGAUUGCAAACAAAGAUGCAUUGAUGCCCCUGCACCUGGUUUGUAUGCAAAAGUCCGAGAUCAGGGCCAGUAUUGUUCGAGCACUUCUGAAGCUGCAUCCGGAAGCCGCCAGGACCGUCACACCGGAGCCUUUCACCAGUCUCGCAUUGCACAUGGCAUGCCAAUUUCGUGCCCCAGCAGGAGUCAUCUCGAUGCUUCUAGACACAUUUCCUGAGGGAGUUUCACGAAAGGACGGAUACGGGUUUCUUCCCUUGCACUAUCUUGCCAACUGCCACAAUGAUACAAUAGUAUUAAAGGUCUUUCGUCUCUUUCCUGGGGCCGCUCGAGAAAAGGGAUUCAACGGUGGUUUUGCACUGCAUGCAGCUCUCAAGAGUAAGAAAUCCGAAGAAGUUAUCAUGGAGCUCUUGUCAGCAUAUCCCGAGGUGGCAAAGAUUGCCAACAACCAAGGCCGUCUUCCCUUGCACAUUGCUUUGAGCAAGAAAGGAGGGUAUUCAUCGGCCUGUAUUGCCCAUAUCCUAUCACUCAACGAAGAUGCGAGCAGAAAAUGCAACAAUGAUGGACUUGCAGUGUAUCCUCUUCAUCUCGAUUGCAUGAACUACGAGGACUCGAGCAUUACAAUCAAGCUAAUUAAUUUGUUUCCGGAGGCGUUGCAAGUCCGCGGCGAACGGGGGCGACUACCGCUCCAUCUGAUAGUCAGCAAUAAAGACAGAUGCAAUGACGUCCAAACAGUUCGAGAAAUGUUGAGGAUCUACCCAAAGGCUGCCAAGACAAAAGACAAGAGAGGAAAUCUACCCUUGGCACUUGCAGUCGAGUCCAAUGCAUGCCUUGAGAUGCAAAAAUUGCUGUCACCUUGA